CUCGAUUCAUUUCAAUUUGUUUUAAAUAUGUGUUUGAGAGUGAAGGGGAAAGGGCGUAUUGGAUUGAGCAUUUGAUGUAUCUUCUUAGCUACAUUUCACCAGCUAAUGAAUGAAUAAUUGAAUAUAGUUUCUGCUUAAAUUAGGCAUCUACGGCCAUUGUUAGCCGUUUCUGGGAGGAGAAGGAAUAUAACGAAACCUGCAUGCGAGACAUAUUAGUGUAACCAAAGAUCCUUUUUGCAAAGUUUCUCUCUGCAGUCGUGAUGGGAACAGUUCACGAUAAAUCAGAUGAUGAGUACUCUUAUGUUGGAGACAAAGGGGACAUUGGAUUCAUUGACUUUGAUAAUUGUCAAUCUGUCUGUAGCUACAACCCUGCUGAUGAGAGUGAAAUUGUCAACAUAUCUGUCCCGUUUCCUCUCAUUGAAGGACGAAAGCCUCAAUCUGGAAUCGUAGGAGAAACGAUGUUUGAUUCAGUUACAAUAAGAAACACCACCGACGAGUCCUUAGAUCUGUGGUCUGUGAAGAUUUUUGACUCCAAACCUGAGGAUUCAUUUAAGAUUUCGUUAAUGAAGCCUCCAACAGCUGAUUCUGAUAUGGAAUACAUCCAAGAUUAUAUGGAAUUAGUGGCGUUAGACGACAGAGUGAUUAGACCAAAUCAGGCUUUGACUAUUUGGCUAUCAUGCAAACCGAAGGAAAUAGGUGUGCACUCGGCCGCUAUACACUUCAGUGUUGGCGACGAGGUGAUCGAACGUCUCCUUUUUCUGCUGGCAGAAGAUAGCAUCUCCAAGUCUUUGUCAUCUACAAGACAAUACCAAAGACCUCAGAGAAAGAACCGUAACAUCGCCAAUCAGCAUGCACCUGACGCUGCAUAUGUUGCAGCACGACGCCCUGCUGGGGCUGGGGGCCGGGGCCGGGGCCGGGGCCGGGGUCCAGGUCGUGUGUUCAGAUAUCAUCUGCCCGAGUAUCCUAUUCCAGCGGAAAUCCGUGCCAUGUUAAGCAGACAUGAGAUUCCUGAUCCAGUUGUUGAGGGGCUAACAGUAAAGAAUUAUGGUGCAUUCUUCAAGAAUCUAUUAGCUAUGGAGGAGAUAAAGUUGGAGGAAGAUAUGCAGUCGUAUUACAUGGAGGAUGUCACCAUGAAGAGCAAGAGAGGCCAGAUGCUGUCUCUUGAGGUUCCAGGAUUGGCUGAGAAAAGGCCUUCACUUGUUAGUGGCGACUUCAUAUUUGCCGAGCUUGCUUCUGAUGGUGAAACAUCGAGUCCUCGAUAUCAGGGCUACAUCCAUCGAGUAGAAGCCGAAGAAAUACUGUUGAAAUUUGAUAUACAAUUUCACCGUAGUCACAGAGAUGGUAACCUUUACAAUGUAGAGUUCAACUAUAACCGGACAAAUAUGCGGCGGUUGUAUCAAGCUAUUGAAGUAGCUGCUCAAUCUUUAGAAAGGAACUUUCUGUUCCCAUCUACAAUGUCCAAAGUGAGACUGGGGAAAUACAAAGAACUAACACCAAUAUGUUCCGACCUGAAUGAGGAGCAAAAGAUGGCUGUUAACAUGAUCUUUGUCCAUAAAGGAGGCCCUCCAUAUGUCAUCCAUGGCCCCCCGGGUACAGGCAAAACAAAGACUCUUAUUGAAGCUAUCCUUCAAAUUUACCGUGAAGAUAGAAAUGCCCGUAUUCUAGCCUGUGCACCUUCAAAUAGCGCAGCUGACCAUAUACUGGAUAGGCUGAUCAAUGAGGAAGCAGUUCAGAUUCCUGAGCACGAGAUCUUUCGGCUUAAUGCAUACACACGUCCUUUUGAUGAUGUCAACCCCAGUCACAUCAAUUUUUGCCAUCACGAGGAUUGCAUCUUUGUGUGUCCUCCGUGCAAAGUCCUGGAGCAGUAUAGGAUUAUUGUAUCUACGUAUGCGAGUGCCUCGAUUCUAUAUUCUGCAGGCAUUCAGAGAGGUCAGUUUUCCUACAUUUUUCUAGACGAGGCUGGUCAAGCUUCCGAGCCAGAAGCCAUGGUUCCUAUAUCUCAUCUGUACUCAAGAAAUACCGCAUUGGUUCUCGCGGGAGAUCCUAUGCAGCUGGGGCCUGUAGUUUUCUCUAGAGAAGCUGAAGAAAAUGGACUUGGUACUUCAUAUCUGGAGAGACUUUUUGAGUGUGAACUCUAUCGUAGAGGGGAUACUAAAUUUAUGACGAAGUUGGUAAGAAACUACCGGACACACGAGGCAAUACUGAAACUCCCCUCAGAAAUGUUUUAUGCCGGAGAAUUGAUUCCAUGUGGGGACAAAAAUUCCUCAACUUCCUGGGAAGGCAUAAUUCCGGAUAAGGAGUUUCCUUUACUUUUUAUAGGCAUCCAAGGCUGUGAUGAAAGAGAAGGAAAUAAUCCAUCUUGGUUCAACAGAAUUGAAGCAAGCAAGACUGUGGAGAUGAUUAAAGUUUUGAUAGAGGAAAAAGGGCUUAAAGAGGAAGAGAUUGGGGUUAUUGCACCUUAUAGGAAGCAGGUAAGCAAGAUAAAAGAAGCUCUAGAAUGUCUUGGUAAUACGAAUGUUAAAGUCGGAAGUGUCGAACAGUUCCAAGGACAAGAAAGGAAAGUUAUUAUAGUAUCUACUGUCCGUUCGACUGUCAAACACAACGAGUUUGACAAGGUUCAUUAUUUGGGAUUUCUUAGCAACCCAAGGAGGUUUAAUGUUGCUGUUACGCGAGCCAAAUCUUUGAUCAUAAUUAUUGGGAAUCCUCACAUAAUUUGCAAGGAUCCAAACUGGAACAAGCUCUUGUGGUAUUGUGUGGAAAAUAACUCCUACAAAGGUUGCUUCCUUCCUAAACAAGAGGAAGAGUCUGAACAGGUGGAGGAAGCGUACCAGAGUAAUUGGGGUGAAAAUUAUCAGCCAUCUGAGGAAGCGUACAAAUAUGAUCAGCCAUCUGGAUCUCAAUGGGAUGAAAAUUAUCAGCCAUCUGGAUCUAAUUGGGAUGAACAUGGAGGUGGAUGGCAGCAAGAUCAAUGGGGCGACGACGGUGGUUGGAAUCAACCAUCUGAGGUUCCUUGUGGUGAAGAAGAAAAUAUCAAUCUCAGGCCAUCUGAGGUUCCUUGUGGUGAAGAAGAAAACAUCAAUCUCCAGUCAUCUGAUGCUCCUCAGGCCGAUGGAACCAAUCUCCAGCCAUCUGAUGCCCCUCAGACCGAUAUAACCAAUAUCAAGCCUUUGGAUGUUCCUUUUAAGGACUUUCACAUAAACAAUGAUGUACCAUGGGAGUGACGAAGAAGACCAAGGGUCACACUCUGGAACUUAGCUCAUAGUAUUUUGCUAGAGCAUCAAUGGUUUUUGAAAUUAGACAUUUAUAACCAAUGAACCAUGAUUUUUGGCGGAUCACAAAAUAUAACUGUUUGUAUUCCGUCCUAUGGAUUAGAUUUCAAUAAUGCAGGAAUGCAUUAUCACAAUUCUUGUUAUUUAACAUAUCAUUGAUGCAUUCUCACAA